GUGUCAGUGCAGUCGACUUACAGCUGGCUGUGAGGACAACUGGCGCUUUUUGUUUGCUCUUUAUCACCGCGAUACAUUUACACAUAUUUCGAAAAAAGUGUCAACUCUGUGUCUCUCUUUGUGGGUUUAUUUUAUUCAAGUUUUACAAAUAAAUUAAACUAAAGUUGGAGGCUGGGCCUUUAGCUUAUUGACCGUAGCUUGAGAGGAGAAGAAGAAGAAGAAGAAAAAAGCUGGUCUUUUUGUGGUAAAAACUCGAUAAAUGCUACUAACGAAAAUGGACCUGUUAAACUACCAGUACCUGGACAAAAUGAACAACAACAUCGGCAUUCUCUGCUACGAAGGUGAAGCAGCUCUGAGGGGCGACCCCAGACUCCAGUCCCUGUCCCUGUCCUCUUCCUCAUCCUCCUCCUCCUCAUCGUCGUCCUCCUCCUCUUCCUCCUCCAUCUCCAACCACAGGACGGGUCCUCCUCCCAUCAGCCCCACCAAGAGGAAGCUGAGCGGGGACCAGGGCGACAGCGACAUGGACGACAACGAGCAUGUGGCAAAGAUGAGCCGCCUGUUUGCUACGCAGCUGAAACCCAAUGGAGACUACCGCAGCUCUCCCAUGUCCAAGGACCAGAGCCGGAGCCCCAUCGAGCGCGUGAUGGUGCCCAGCGCUCUGGGAGUCCACGGCAACCACCUUUACAGCCAUGCCCACCACCACCAUCACCACCACCACCAUCUGGCUAGCUUAGCCGGGAUGGACCAGCCGCUGGCGCUCACCAAAAACAGCAUGGUGGAGUCUGCACGCAGCAGCACGGCAGCUAUGGCAACAGUGCCGCACGCAGUCAGCGCCGUGGAACGCCAGCAGAAUCGUCCUUCAGUGAUCACAUGCGCCCCAGCCAACAACCGCAACUGCAACCUGUCCCACAACGGCUGCUCAAGCCUGGCUAACAACUACAGAAGAAUCAACACCAAUACAGCCUGCGACCCGGUGAUUGAGGAGCACUUCCGCCGCAGUCUGGGUAAGAACUACAAGGAGCCCGAGCCCACCGCCUCCAACUCUGUGUCCAUCACCGGCUCGGUGGACGACCACUUCGCCAAGGCGCUGGGCGAGACCUGGCUGCAGAUUAAAAACAAGGGGAGCCCCUCGUCGUCCGGCAGCAGCCCAAACUCCUCCCCCGACAGCCACAUGGUCAAUCACAACCACUCCCCUUCUGUGGUCUCCUGAAGGAGGCGGGGUUUCAGAAGGAUUUGUCCUUCUCUCCCCCGAUCAUCCCGGCUCCAAAACCCUAGCCCUCGUCACUUUGUUCUGUCACCAGCAUCCCAGAGGGAAUGCCUGUCUGCUGGUCUGCUCAAAACAUCGGAAAAACCCUCAAGUCUGCACUCAUAGAGAAUCAAGCAAUAACAACACGGACGUUUUCCCCCCCCCCCCUUCUGUCUUCUGGUGGUAACGCCAGACAAUAAUGAGUGAUGAGCGAUGAGGUUGGACUUUGGGACUCGACCGGAGCAUCAAGCUGCUCCGUCCAAUCAUUCAUCAUCCCUGCAUGUCGAGCUUGGAGCUGAGCGAAGAGUCUGUCGUUGUAUGUACAUAAAGAGAGGAGAAAGGCGAUGUUUGAAUUCUUCAUUUUCUUCUUUAUUCUGUUUGUUUGUUUCUUUAACAGUAGUUUUGUGUACUGCUUUUUUUUUUGUGUAGUGUUUUGUGUACUGCUUAUGAGAUGCCCGAAUUUUGGAAAAAGAGAACACUUUGGAGAAAAGUAAUCCCAAACCACCCCACUGUGCUACCAAAGAAACCUCCACGAUGUUUAUGAACGCCCACCUCGAAAACAAAACAACAAGAAGCCAUCAUGUGAUCUCCAUCUCUUUUCAUCCUCUCACUAUCCUUCUCUCCCUCUGCCCUGUGUGUGUUGUGCUGGUGUUGUUACUGUAUGAAUACUUAGCUGAUCGAUUUAGCUUGCACUGCUGCCAUAGAGGGUAACUAACGAGUGACACAUCAAGGUUUUAAUGGGGCUGAUUUGACACAGUCUGCUGUCAUCCUGCCCAAGUAGGAAACUCCAUUAGAUUUCAACAACAGUUUAUCUGAAGACUAGCUGGGAAUAUUCUCACCCUGGGCCUGGCACGGAAUGUAAAGUAGCAUUUGUAUGCUUUUGUUUAAUGGGAAAUGUAUAGUAGUGGGGUUGGGCAGUAUAACAUGUUCAAUAUGAAGCACAUGUGGUCACAUCACAGCUUGUUAAGUGUAGCUGUUAACUACAAACACAUGCUUGCAUAGUAAGAGAAGUUAAGGAAAACAACGUCAGGUGUAAACUGCUUCAUGCUUAUUAUUGGUAAUGGUGCCAAAUAGUUGCAAGCACAGGCAGGUUAUGGGAUCAGUUAACUGCGGUGUGGAUGGACAUCACAGGCAUUAUGAGAGCAGCUCAGGGCUGAAACACAGCUGUACCAGAGUCAGUGUAGCUGAACAAUGAGCUUUGAUGUGUUCCACUGGCUUAACUGCUGACAGUGAUGAGGGGAUAGAUGACGCUGCAUGUCACUUUGUGGUUGGGGGCGGGGGAGGAAAAGUCUGGUUUCUGGACCGGGGGAGAGAAGAUUAUUUCGAUCUCUUCACACACACCUUGGUUUUUAUGUCUCUUUGAACACAGGUGUUGUAAUUAUAUUUGACGUACGCCCUGCUACCCCUCCCUCUCCUACACACUGUGGUUUGGUCUAUUUCUACAAAGGUUUGAAGGGUGAACUAAUGCUUUUUACGGAUGCAUGUUUUUUAUUGUUUUGUUUUUUAAUAGCUGGUAUCUAUUAAUGUUUUUAAGCCGCAUUUCAAUCCUAACUACUAUUAGCCUUUUCAUUCAGACGUUAGUUGUUGCUUCUUUCGAUGUCAGUAACGGACAUAGACACUAUACACUCACUGCUGGGUCAGUCGUACUCCAUAUUAUUAUUGUUAUUAUGACAAUUUUGUAUUUUUUUUGUUUUCCAUUAAUAUCAGUAUGGUAACAAUCAUCUAUAGCGGGACAGCCUCCGGACAGGCUCUGUGUAACGAUGAGAGCUGCGUUUCUCGAAAACGUUCUCAGCGCCGCUACCGACCCGUCGCUCCCGCAGCAGAGCGGAGAUCUUCCUGGUGUUGAGAUGGCUUUCGGGAUACGCAGCCCAUAAAGGUUUUCUUAAGAUGUUGAUCCAUCGGUGGUACAGGAUGCUACAACCUUCAGCAUGACUGAUCUGAGACACCAAAUUAGCAACGAAUAGUCAACUAGGCCUUGUUCUCCUGAGAAGCAUCUGCAGCCUGAGAUCAAAUGUACUCUUAUGAGUCUGUGUCAUCUUAAAGUCACCACCUCGGUACCAGCCUUAACUCCCAUUACUGCUGUAUUACUAAAAGUACUUAAUACAGAAUAGUCUAGCAUGCGAUGAUGCUUUCAAGUAACAGGGUAUCGUUUAUAGUAAGGUCUUAUUAAUGUUUAAGAGCUAAAACAAACGUUAAAUAGAUACAUUCGGAUCUCACAGCUCUAAUACUUCACCAGUUGACUCUUUUCUGUCCUGACUUGGUGUCCAGAUAUUUUUUAAUUCAAUGCUUUCAUUUUUGAACAACCUUGUAUUGUAUCUGCAGUUAAGCUAGACUGCUGCAGUUGAGACAAACAUGGUUUUGCUGUUGAAGAGCCUGCGCCAAGGUGGCAUACAUUCCUCCUUUAGGGAACUUAGUACAGGCCUCAGUUUCUCCUUAUCGACAGACAGAGCUCAUAACAGCCACGGCCAACUGGGUUUCUGACACUUUCCCGGAGUUACAAUUGAUGUGAUAAUAAAAGGAGAAAUAAGCUUCUUUUUCAAAAACAGACAACCUUUUUGAGAACAUUGGGAGCAUAGAAUAUACUGAGGCCGUAACAAUAGACAGUGAUGUGAGUCAUACUGCUGCAAAGAACAGAAUGAUUUCAUGUCUCUGCGCUGAGGCUGAAAGGUGACGCGGUUCAUGUGUGUUUGUGAUGGAUGUACUCAUCCUUUAUCAAAAUGACCGUAACCACAGUGAAGUACUCUUUCUCCCAUGUUCUAGAAUGACCACACAUUCCAUCCUAGACUGAAGCAAACUGACAAGUUGUAGAAUCAGAUUGAGAUUUACAGCAUGUUCGAUCAGAAUGAGACUCAUUUCCAAAAGGAGUAAGUACUCUUAGUCUAAAUGUGCUUUCUGUGACAGCUUCAGAGUUUGGAUGGAGAUGUUUAGCGGGGAGGAGCAGGGCUUCAGGAGCUGAGCUUCUGUAAGCACGACCUGUGAGCCAGGAGAUGUUCAGCUGCCACCGAGGGUCUCACAGUGACGCCCCUCCCCCCCUCAGAUUCAGCAGAUUUAUAUUUGAUGUAGAAAGCAACAUGUGAGAAAACACGAGGGAAAAGGGCUCAGUGUCCAGAGGAUUUAGUUUUUCUAUUUUUCUUUCUCCUUAUUAUUUCACUACCACCCUGUAGGUAGGAGGCUCUCUCUUUGCUUCGGCACACACUCCCUACACACUGUAGGAAAAUCACUUAAUAAAAAAAAUACUUUUUUAUAAUAGGUAACUAUAAGACCAUCAUUACGCUGUGCGUAAGGAAUGUACAGAGAAAAAAAUCGUAGGUAUUUUUUGAGGAACAAUUAAUUUGUUAAUGAUAUGUAGCUAUUUAAUUGUUGUUUUUUUCCUGUCCUUAUAUUGUAAUCAUUGCAUUUUCUUUUUUGUGAAAAAAGUUGAUCUUUUUUGUUUAUAGAGUUUGUCUUGUUAGAGUAAAGGUUCAAGUGCAGGAACACAGCAAAUGUAUGAAACCACAAUAAGGCCACUGGUGUGUCGGGGACAAUCGCUACUUCCAUUGCAAUGUCCUGCAAUCAUUUAACUUGUGUUCGAUCAUGUGACUCCAGAGACAUCCGAACAAAAGAGAUUGUCCUUUUAGAGGCCUAUUGAACAUAACCCUGCCACUAGCCCAUUGAGCCUUGCCGGCCAUUUCCAUUUAACUAUUGAAAUGAUAAUAACAACAACAUUGUGAUGGGCUAGCAGGCGAGUACGUUUUCCACAUGUGCUUGUAAGGGUUAUAAAUGUUGGGUUUUGAAGGUAUUUUGAUGUGUUAGAUCUACAGAUGGGAACUGAGCUACAAAUGAGAACCAUCAGUCCAUUUGAUAACACAGAUUGGCUUUUCACUGAAAUUAGAAUUCUGAACUGGUGAAAAUCCUGACUGCAUUUUCAUACUUUUAGUUGUGCUGAAGUUCAUCGUCUGCUUGUCUGAAAAUAGGCUUUGGUUCAUCACCCUUGUAUCUGAUGUGACAUUUCCCAUCUGUGGAGGCCAUUUUGAUCUGUAACCAAGUGAACAACAUGAAAAUUGUGCAGAUAAAUCAAAGUGGAGUUGGUCUUUACUUUGGCUGUACCACAAUUUCCUGGUCCUUUUUGAAGUGGAAGUAGCAUGUACUUAGUGGUAGUAAUACUCUGAACUGUAAAAAAAAAAAAAUGGUAUCAAGUAAACUACAGUCGAUUUGUGGCUCUGUGUCUCUACUAAAAAGGUUUUGGCAGGCCACCUUUUUUGUACGUAAAGUAGCCUUGAUGAACAAUAAAGUGCUUUUAAACCACUGUC